GCUUCGGUGUUUCGGUGCGCGCCGUUGCGCGACGUAGUCCAUGUAGCCUGACAUCUGACAGGAGUGACAGGUCCGUUCAGUUACAUUUUGUUCGCCGUUCCGUUCGCGGUUUUCGGAGGCUGUCAGCGGCGCGUGACAGGGAAUGUCUUUUCACGAGUGUCACCUGGACCCGCAGACCCCGGCUCGAUCAUCGCGAUGUGACCGCGAUUCCCUGGUCCCCGUGGAAAACGCGCGCGAGGUCUCCCCGCGACGGACGACGCUUCGCCGUCGCUGAUUCCCCGAGACGCGGCCACCGGCUCGCGCGUUAAAUGAAAAAGCUCUCGCGAAGCCUCAUCGAGCCGACGUGAGUCCGGAUUUAAUUUCUCGAGCGACGCGGUUCGGCUACGGUGCAUUGAUCUGCGGCGUGUUAGCGAGAAUGCACUCCGGAGGGGAUGAUGAAACCGAGAGAAAUGGCAUUAGCGAUAGCAGCCAUGUAACGGGGUCAUAAACAAGAUUUGUAGAUUCUCGAAUGCGACGUAUCUCGCAGGUUCCGCGAUGGAGGACUAUACGCCAAUUGACGAGGACUUCCCGGGCCGGUUGCUGCACCAGGCCGCGCUCUGGGAUAACGCUGAGCUGCUGGAGGACCUGCUGCGUGGCGAGCACGCCCAGUAUAUCAACAGCAAGGACUCGUGGGGCAGGACACCGAUGCACGCAGCCGCGAUCACGGAUAACUCCCGUUGCCUGGACGUUUUGCUGACUGCCGGAGCCGACUCGAACGUCACCUGCGGCCCCCGCGGUCAUCAUCGUACGCCGCUGCACGUUUGCGCGGAGCACGGCCACGCCGGCAACGUGGAGAAGCUGCUGAACUUCGACGCGGAUCUCAUGAUCCGCGAUGACGACGGCCUGAAGCCUCUCGACGUCGCUGAGAAGGGCAACCACGACUCCUGCAUCCACCUUCUAAAAGCGGCGGCCGAGAAGUACGAGCUCGCGAAACAGGCGACCCACGCUUCCUUACGCGCGGCUUGUAUUCAGGGUGAUACCGUGGCCACCCGGAACAUCAUCCAGGGUCUGUCGACCGAUCUGGAAUGCGUGGUGAACAUGGCGCCGAACGGCGCCAACACGCUGCUCUUCGUCGCCUGCGAGAGCGGUCACAAGGACAUCGUUCGGCUGCUGCUGGACCACGGCGCUGACUGCAGGAGCCAUCCGGUAACCAAGUACUGUCCGCUCUACAUAGCGUGUUAUCACGGCAAGCUGGAGAUCGUCGAGUUGUUGCUCCGGCACUUUCCUAAGCAGACGCAACAGUUCACGGUGGAGCGCUGGUUACCGAUUCAUGCGGCGACAAUAAACGGCCAUCACCUGGUGAUCGAUGCGCUGCUCAAGUUUGAGUAUCCGCAGCACGUCUACCAACGCUACAAGGAUCCGUCCGGCGAAUUCGAGUACGAUCUACCGUUCGACAUUAACGCGCAGGACGUCACUGGCCAACACGCGCUCUACAUAGCUAGUAUGCUGGGCAGUGUCAAGUGCGUCGAGCUGCUCCUGAGUUACCGGGUGAAGGCGAGGAUGACCAAAGAGGAGGAUGGCGUGAGUGGCGCGCAGCAACUCCCGGUAUCGAAGCGCAAGAUCUCCAGCGGUAUUCAGAGGCUGAUGUCGUCGCUGAAUUUCCGCAGCAAGGCGCCCACUGACAAGAAGGACGAUAAAAUGAUAUAUCCGGUGAAUCUGGAUCUCUACUGCAACAACGGCAGCGAAACGGCGUUGCACGUGGCUGUCAGGGGCAGACAUACCGAGGUGGUGAACUCUCUUCUUCAGGCAGGCGCCAAUCUCGAGCUGCCUGUCAAAGUCCCGUACGAUCAGAGCGAUCCCGACGGUAGUUACUCGAACGUAUUAACGAUUGCGUGUCAGAAUCGCGAUGUGAAAAUCGCGGACCUACUGUUGAAGCACGGCGCUGUCGACAACGAGUGCAAGGCGCUUAAGAUUGCUGCGCAGAAUCGCGACGAGGCGUUGACCGCGAAACUAUUGUCGAUUAAGGCGUAUCCGGACUCCGAGUACAAGAUCAACAAGAAAGCGAUGACCGAGUGCACGCAGAGUUCGCACUUCUCCGCUCUAUCGUCCUUCGGCCACGUCACCUAUUCCGCUCUGUUCCCGAAGACACCCACGAUGAUCAAUUGGCACAACCAGCAGUGUCGUCUCUCGCAGAUCCGGCUGCAGUGGUUGAUCGACGCAGUAUUGCAUGUUAACAAGAAACUGAGCCCGAAAAACAAUGACCUGGUGUUGUACGCCAUCACGCGAAUCGAUAUCUCUCACAACUCCAUCACCACCGUACCGUCCACCAUGUUCUAUUUGCAGAGCCUGCGGUACCUCAACAUGGCACAGAACAAGAUCGACACCCUCACGGCCGACUCGAAGAAUCCGAAGGAUAAGCUGUGCCCGGUUCUAGAGGAGAUGUACCUGCAAGACAAUCGACUGGAGCAGCUGCCGGAAUUUAUCAUGAACUUACCGGCACUCGAGAUCAUGGACGUGUCCAAUAACAAGCUGCAGUGUCUGCCGCAGAAUCUGUGGCGCGCGCCCAAACUGAAGGAACUGAACGCGUCGUUCAAUCUGCUGCGCGAUCUGCCUAGCCAGGCGUCGCAGAACGUCCUGAGGAAGCCGCAACGAGGUGACGAAGCGCAGCAGAACGGCACUAUCUUCCGCGGAUUAGCUGUUAUACCGCGAAUAGAGUCCAUGGAAUUCGACUCGUUCACGAAGAUCGCAAACGCGCAGGUGAUCGAAAUGGAACGGCCACACGUGUGGACCAGCUCGGUUCAAGUAUCAGAGAGGAUGACCGACGACACGGAGAAUGGCAACAAGUCAGUGCUAGCGUCGUUGAAUCUGGCGCAUAAUCUCUUCAACAGCAUCCCCGUGGCGCUACCAUGUUUGGCGGUGAGCCUGGUGCGGCUGAACAUGGCGUACAAUUCGCUGCGCUCGAUGAGCCACAUUACCUCGUAUCCGGCGAGUCUGAAACAGCUGGACCUGUCAAACAAUCAGAUCUCACGUUGGCCCAGUCUGCCGCAGGUCGACAGUUCCGACAGCAUGGAGCAAGCGAAUACGGCCUGCUACUGUCCGGCUGUCAACGCACAGUCGCCGGGUAUUGUGCCCAGCAACAGGCAGACACCCGCGUCGAUGCGUGAUAUCGUAUUGCAGUCGGUGUGCGUGCAUAGGCGGCAUCUACGACUGGAGAACCUGCGCACCCUGAUACUGGCGAACAAUUUGCUGAAUCGCAUCCAGCUGACGUCGUGCGACGACGGCGAGAUGCCGUGUUUGGAGGAAGAACGUGGGGAUUCGGAUAGAGACUCGAAGAUUGGACAUCCCGGAUCAAAACUGUACUUGCUCUUUCCCAAUGUCAGUAUGUUGGACAUCAGCAAUAAUCAACUGCGCGAGAUACCGCACAACAUCUACGAGCUGAACAAUCUGUCGGUGCUGAAUAUCAGCGGCAACUACGAUAUCGUCGAGUUGCCGCCACAGAUGGGUCUGCUGGGUCGUCUGUGGAAUUUGAACACGCAGGGUUGCCGGUUGCAGGAGCCGCUCAAGUCGAUGAUCGAGUCGAAGAAAUACAAGACGAUGGACGUGAUCGGUUACCUGAAGUCGAUCUUGGAGGACGCAAAGGCGUACGCGCGCAUGAAACUGAUGAUCGUCGGUAUUCAGGGGAUCGGCAAGACAAGUCUGCUGGAGCAAUUACGGCAGGAGGGUGAAGUGCCGAACAAGAAGAAGGCAUCCGAACACUGGGCCAAGCGGAUGGGCAACAAGAAUAUCAACGCGAAGACCGCCAAGGGUACGACCAUCUCGACCGUGGGCGUGGACAUCGGCGACUGGAUUUACGAGAAGAAAGUACGCGGACAAUCGUCCCACGGGCCAGUCUACUUCAGAACCUGGGACUUCGGCGGUCAGCGCGAGUACUACGCGACGCAUCAGUAUUUCCUAUCAAAGCGCAGUCUGUAUCUGGUCGUGUGGCGGAUCACAGACGGCUUCAAAGGCGUCUCCGAGAUCUUUCAGUGGCUGGUGAACAUUCAGAGCAGAGCGCCCAACUCCCCGGUUAUCAUUGUCGGCACGCAUUACGACGUUUCCUAUGAGCAUAGCGAGGGUCUGCAACAGUACAUACGCGAUAAAUUCAUCAACGUUGUCGAUGCCGAGAAGUGCGGUCUGCCCAAAGUCAUGGAGACGAUCGAGGUGAGCUGCAAGACGCGUCACAACAUCAAGAUGCUGUGCAACCUCGUCUACGACGUUGUCUUCAGUUUGAGAUCGCCUGGCAGCAAGGAACUAUUGCUGGAGCAAAAAGUUCCGGCGAGUUACCUAGCACUGGAAGAUGUAGUAAUCCAACUGGCGCACGACAGAAAGCUAUCUGGCCUGGACCCGGUGCUAAAGGCCGAUCAAUAUUACGCAGCCGUCAAUAACGAGCUUCAAAAGUUACAUAGAUCCUUCAGAGACCCCGCCGAGUUACAUCAGGCGACGUUGUUCCUUCACGAGAACGGUAUAAUUUUGCAUUAUGACGACGCCACUUUGAAAGAUCUCUAUUUCUUAGAUCCGCAAUGGCUCUGCGACAUGCUGGCCCACGUAGUCACCAUACGGGAGAUCAAUCCGUUCGCCAGAUCAGGUAUAAUGAAACUGGACGAUAUCCAACAUGUAUUUAAGUCCUCUACGAUAUCAUCGAUCGACACCCAGGGCUAUAUUGUUAGUUUACUCAACAAAUUCGAGGUUGCUUUGACAUGGGACUGCCGUACGCUGUUGAUACCGUCCCUCUUACCGACCGAAGAGGAUAUUCUGCGCAAUAAUCAGAUCAUCAAGGUACCGGUGAAGACGCGCGGCUGGCACGUACGUGCGAAGAAGAUUACAUCGCCCAUGUUUGCGUGCCUGGGUGCACCAACCAGUGACAAUAAAAAUAACGCUGAAUGCGUGCUCACAUCGAGAUCACAACCCGAUUGCUCCGUUACUAGAUUGUUGCUCAUGUCGUAUUUCCCCAGCGGAUUUUGGUCCCGACUGAUCACUCGUAUCCUCGCGGACGACACCAUCGUUGAUAUCGUCAUGUCGUUCCUGGCGCCGUUCAAGGACUUUGUCGACGACAACAUUUUCGCUAGUCUAUUGGAUCUACAGGCUGAAUGGGUGCUCUGGCAGACGGGAAUCGAGCUGCGAUACUCGGGCAUCACAUUGCUACGUUUGAAGGAAGUCUGUUAUAAUCUGAAAAAUUCACCGUAUGAUUACAGGCAGUUUAAGUUCAAGUUGAAACAAGAUGGUAUUUGGUGCACGGUAGACCUGAAGAAUUCUGCUAUCUUAGAGAUUUGGUUCCCGGUAGACACUCUGGUGAUCAAACAGCCCAUCAUGUCCGAUUCCGUGGACGAGGAGCCGAUGGGCUACCAAGCGAUUGUGGUGGAGCCACGGCCGGAAAGCAUACCGCAGUUAAUGGCACUGAUCGUUGAUCACAUCGACAUCCUGCUGGAAGAUUGGUAUCCUACACUGGGCACACGUUUCGUCCACACGUCGGAGGGUAAAUUACUGGUCACAAGGUUGAUACCGUGUCCGCGCUGUUUGCUCGGCAACACUGAGAACGGUGACGGCGAGUCGAGCGACAGCGAUGGCCGGUUGAUCGAGGACAUUCAGAAGUACUGCGCCGUAAAUCGUACCGAGAGACAGAGCCAGGACAGUUACAAGUCCGACGGCGACAGUGGCGUCGGUUAUGACAGUCUGACGUCCAGCAGAAUGCCGUCGCUCGAGGGGCAUCCAGACAUGUCGAAACAGCAGAGUUCCUCGCAUUCCGAAAACACUCUUGCGUAUUCCUGGAUGGUGGAGGAGUGCAUAUUGGCGGCGUACAGCAAUAAACCCAUCAGCUGCCCGAGGCAUUCGGAGAUCCCACUGUCGCACGUCGCGCCAGACAUCAUCUUCAUGGAUUUGGGUGCCAAGCAUCUGAUCAAGUCGGAGGACUUGAAGCGGGGCAAGUUGCUAGGUCGCGGUGCCUUCGGCUUCGUCUUUCGCGGUAACUGCCGACUGCCCGGCACGCACGUUCGCGCCGACGUGGCCAUCAAGAUGUUGCAACCAGUCUCGCCGGGCCCGAACUCCACGCAGUCGGCGAUCCUCGCGUACAAGGCGUCACAGAGCAAGUGGGACCGUGACCCGUUGCAGUAUGCCUGCAAGGCGUAUUGCAUGGCGCGUCAAGAGCUCAAUAUUUUGCUAACGCUCAGGCACGCCAAUAUCGUGCCGCUGAUCGGUAUAGUCGUCAGUCCUUUAGCUCUCGUGCUGGAUUUAGCGCCUCAGGGUGCGCUGGACGCCGUCUUGAAGAACUAUCGUCGCUCCGGGGCUAAGCUGGAUCCCUACACGCUUCAGGCGAUAAUCCUUCAGGUCGCCAAGGCGGUGGAGUACCUACAUCAACAGCACGUUAUUUACCGCGAUCUCAAAUCAGAGAAUGUGCUGGUGUGGCAGAUGCCGUUGCCGUUUCAGGAGAAUCCAGACCCGGUGCACGUCAAAGUCGCCGAUUACGGUAUCUCGAGACUGACGCUGCCUACGGGAGCGAAGGGUUUCGGUGGCACAGAGGGCUUCAUGGCGCCUGAGAUCAUCAGAUACAACGGCGAGGAGGAGUACACGGAGAAGGUGGACUCGUUCUCGUUUGGCAUGUUCAUCUACGAGCUUAUCACGCUGCGCCAACCGUUCGAGGGCCACGAGGCGGUGAAGGAAUGCAUCCUGGAGGGCGGUAGACCGCCGAUCAUGUACCGUGAGACUUUCCAUCCAUGCUACGCGCUCGAUUUGAUGGUGAUAUGCUGGGCGCAGAACCCGAAGGAUCGGCCGACCGCCAGUCAGAUCGUCUCGAUCGCCUCCGCGCCCGAGUUCACGCAUCUGAUAGACGUCACCCUGUUGACGGAACGCACGCAAGUGACGGCGGUCACCAUGACCAAUUGCGGUAACAGCGGGCAGAACGAUGCGACGGACAAUCUCAACGGUGACGAGAUCUGGUUCGGGCACAAUAACGGCGAGGUGGACAUGCUGCUGGGCACCCAGAAAGGCUGGCUGCGCCACGUGCGCAUCGAGACGCCGGUGAUACCGUAUGCCAUGUGCGGCGUGGACGGCUAUAUCUGGAUCGGCGACAACGCCGGCCAAGUGCACGUUUAUCUGUGCGGCAACUUUGGCUGCGUGGCCAGCUACAGUCUGGAAGCGGAUCACAGCAAGGAGUCCAAGGUGGUCGGGCUGAUCCAUCUGGAGCAGCUGAAGCAGUUUGCCAUAGCCUUGCACAGCGGCCGAAUCUUUUUGCUGUCCAACUCGUUCACGCAGAUGAGGAAGACGGAGGUCACCGGCGGCAGCGCUGGCACGGAAACGACGCGCCAAGGUGCCGAUGUCAAGACCUACUCGCUUGCCGCGGUCUGCCGGAAGAGACGCGUCCUGGAGCUCUGGGCUGGUCAGAGCUAUGGCCGGAUAUCCGUUUACACGUUGAAGGAUGGCAAUCUAAUUGACACAACGCAGCUGUCUCACUGCACCGGGGCUGCCAACGAUGCCGCAAUGAGGAAUCUCUUUGCCACAUACCUGAUCGGCGCGGCGACCGAGAGCUUCGUUUUCUCGUACACGUAUCCGGGCUGCGUGGUGUACCAGUGGGACGUCGACAGCCGGCAAAUCGUCAAUAAGCUCGAUAUGUCUAAGCUGGUGCCGUGCUCCGAGAGCCUCAAGUCCAUCGCCAUCGAGGAAAACCUGUCGACAGAGAAGUGCCAGGUGACCGCGCUCGAGGCCAGCGAUGGUCAGUUGUAUAUCGGCACCACCUGGGGCUGCAUCGUCGUUGCCGAGUGCGGCACCCUACGUCCCGUCACCGUGUUCCGGCCGUUUGAGGGCAAAGUCUGUCAGAUCGUGUCUCUCAAGUCCGCCGACAAGAGGAAGACGGUGCUGGCGACCGUCGGCCAGGGAUAUCGCAGCCUGAUCACGCGGUACACCGACUUCCCGCUGAAGACUUUGGAGAACGAGGAGCUCAGGCACGGCAUGUACACCCUGCUGUGGCGAUCGGAGAACUGGUCGGCAGCUUGAUUCCCCCGGCGAUCGUAAGAUCCACAUUCUCAGGUGCAUUUAGCAACCGUUUUUUUGUUAGCGUUACACGCGAUCCGUCUGACUUACACAAAGAUAACGAUACACACAAGUAAGCUACAUUUAAAGCUGAAUGCGCAGUGAGAAGCUGGGUCUAGUUUGGCUCAGUGUCCUUUCAAUAAAUGCUGGUGAAAAGAAGUUUUCGUUGUAAUAAGAUUCGGUGCCAAUAUACCAGGUGUUAUAAAUCAUUGUGAUGGGACCGCAGGAUACUCUUCUUUGGCAGUAUAAUACCGGAAGUGCUUAAGUGGUGCGAAGUUCAAUGGAGCAAUAUGUGGGCUCAGUGAAUCUUAUACGUCCAAUAUUAUAGUACCUAGCAUAUAAGGGAUGUUGAUUACGCUAAUAAGCGUGCUUACGGGAAAUAAAUUGUGAAAAAUUGGAGAAGAGAAUGACGUUGCAGGUCUCAUAGCGCUCCCGCAGGCACGCUUAUUAAUGAGCACCCUGUAAUAAUGCAUCACAGGCUGUAAGCUGAUGUUCUUUCGUUCGUCCAAGUUACAGCAUUACCAAGUAUAUAAGAGAAACAUUCUUAUUUUGUAUAAAACUAAGUCAUAAGCAAAUAGUCUAACGGUAUUUUAACGUACGUUUUCGCUUGCAUAAGUAUAAUCGGACUCUAUGAGAGUCACGCUAUUUAAGUAUUUAUAUAACGGAAGGGGAGAGAGGAAUAUUAAUGCAAUCUGUUUUUCGUCACUGCAAAACAUGGGACAAAGGGGAAGGAAAACAUUUUUCGAAUAUCCUCAACUGAUAUUAACUGAGCUGUUUUCGAUAUCAAAGAACUAUUUUUAGCACCAUCAAUUACCUUUUAUAAUACCGUUAGUGUUAAGAUUUCGAUAAGUUUUACUGCUGACGCUAACGUCGUAAUCUUGAGUCGAUAUAGAAAUACGAUUUCUAAACCAUACUCGCGUAUCUCUCUCUACGAUUCAGUUACAUCACGUCCAAAGUAAUAUCUUUCGAGCCGUACUGCGAAUUUUAUAGAUAUUAAGUCUAAUCGAACCGAAGGUUGUGGGACUUGAUGUAUAAAUAGAUUAACAUUAAUUUACUACAAUGUAACACUAGGAAGAUACAAGACCACACUUACACACACACAGAAGCGUCUUGCUCAAUGAAAUCAUUAAAUUUCUGAUCCACGAUUUAAUUACACGGGAACGAUCAGUGUAUCCCAAAAAGUAAUCGAUGUGAUAUGAAAUACUCAGCGAAAGAGAGAACGUAAAAUAUUGUCACAAAACUGUUAUAUUUUUUUUUCAAUUAUGACGCUCUUUAAUUGCGCUUAUCGACAAGAAAUCCUUCAGGAUAUUUGCUAGAAAUUUUAUUUUGCUUGCCAGAUAUUUGUUCCUUUCCAUGCUAAGCGUUCGGGAUUUUUAUUAGCUCUUACAGCAGUAAAAUGAAAAUAGAAGAUAACGAUGUAAUACAACUUGCACAUUUAAUUCGCCCGUAACGCAUUUAAACGAGAAACGGCAUUUAAAGGGCUAAAUGGAUAUUUAUUAAGAAAUGUAAUGUGGUCGGCUGGGAGAAUUUUCAAUAUGUAACAUGCGUACUUUUGACUGUUACUCUCGAACCGGCGCGUUCGGUGCAGUGAUGCAAUAUUUUUAGUUUAUAUAGCGCGUUUUAUAUUUAUUUUUUUUAAUUAUACUCGUACCUGCAGCGCGCGAAGCGAAACCACAGUGAUAUACGCAGCUUGUAUCCUCUUUUUUUCUAUACGACUGUUGUGAAAGAGCUAGAAAUUACGUAUCGCCCUAUUCAAUUAUUAUUAAGUAUGCCUUGGAAUAUGGCGGAUGAUUAUAUAAUGUUGCAACAAAACGUAAUCUACUGCGACGAUACGUAAUUAUCGCGAUUGAGAAUUCUACGCGAUUGAUCUCCGUACAUUAAGUGCAUCAUUGUACAUUCACGUUUACUUAUCACGUGAGGAUUACUAUGGUUCUCAUCUCGUACUCAUCGACGUAAGUUAUAACUUUGCAGGAACUCAUUGUUAUUUAAUGUAUUGAUUGUCACGAAAUAUAAACACUGUUGUUGAGUUAAGAGACUCGUUAGUUCGUUACAUAUCUAUCCAGUUCCGCAACAAUGUAUGAAUGCAAUUAACCCUCAGGGUACGGACUGGGUUAGCGUAGCCCGAGCGAAUUUUGAAAGUAGCGCCAUUUCAAAGGAAGUGAAUGGUGUAGGUCCGUACCGGGGGGGAAAAAAUCUUUGAGGGAGCUACAAGGGCUGCAUUCGAGGAGCGCGCUAUUAGCGCUAUUGCAUCAUUAAACUCGGGUAGUCUACACCUAGUCCGUACGGAACGUUACAAAAUCCGUGUUUAAAAAAAAAAAUUUGUGUUUUUCUAGUAUUUGCUGCAGUAGAGUAUUCUGAGUUUUUUUUGUGAAAAUGGCAUCGCGUCGGAGAACUCGGAGUGUUGCAUUUCUCGAAAAAUUAUACAGAGAAACCGAGGAUGAGAGUGUAAUUGAAAACGCCAGCGACACCGAUGACGCCGAGAACGAAGAAGAGGAAAGUUCCCACGCUUCGGAAAGUGACGCUGAUGAAGAUGAAGCAGAUGAAGAGUCACUGGCAAGCGAAGGGUCUGCAGCAGCUCAAACAACAGGCCCUCCCCGCAAACGAGGCCGACCCUCAUACCUGCGCUCCAAAAGCGGGCACAAAUGGUCUCUCUCUGCACCGGAGCAGAGAGGUAGGUCACAAAUUUUGUAUGAGCCUGCGACUAAAGGUAAUGCAAUGAACGCUAAAACUCCACUUGAAGCAUGGAGUGUUUUAUUUUCCGAUGAAAUACUUGAUAUUAUUGUAAUACACACCAAUGAAGAAAUAAGUAGACAGAUCGAUGUGCUCAAAGAAAAUAACACAAGGAUUGACACAUCAGUUCACAAACCGAUCGAUAUAGUUCAAUUAAAAUCUGUUUUUGGAUUGUUAUAUUAUGCUGGUGUUCAUAAAUCAAGUAAAUGUAAAACUAUCAAUUGGUGUGGCGUUCAUUGCAUGCCUUUAUUCAAAGCUACUAUGACGAGAAACCGCUUUACAUUUAUACUAGAUUGUUUACGCUUUGACGAUAAAAAUACACGAGCUGAAAGGAAAGUAAAUGAUCGUUUUACACACAUAAGAGAAAUUUGGGAUUUGUUUAUAAAAAACUGCAUGGAUAAUUAUGAACCAAGCACUAAUACUACUAUUGGUAAACAGUUACUUCCCUUUCGAGGUCGUUGUAUCUUCAAAAUGUACAUACCUUCAAAACCAGAUAAAUAUGGUUUAAAAAUUAUAUCAUUGAACGAUGCGAGUACACAUUAUAUGAUCAAUGCGAUUCCUUACUGUGGAACUGUAACCGAUCGAUUAGAAGGUGAACCUAUUCCAACUUACUAUGUAAGAAAAGUAAGCGAACCAAUUUAUAACACUGAGCGAAACAUAACUUGUGAUAACUGGUUUACUUCAUAUUCGCUUUUAGAAAUGAUGAAAAAAGACUAUAAUUUGUCUCUGAUAGGAACAAUAAAAAAAAAUAAACGAGAAAUACCAGCUCAAUUCAAAAGUGUAUCGAAAGAUACACCGAACAUCCGAUUUUGCUAUUUAGAUAAUAAAACGUUGCUUUCUUAUAAUCCUAAAAAGAAAGAGAUUGUAUUAGUUAUAUCUUCUAUUCAUGAAACGGGCAAAGUUAAUGAAGAAUCGGGAAAGCCGGAAAUGAUUGAGUUCUAUAAUAAGACAAAGGGCGGCACAGAUUGCUUCGAUUUCAAAUGUCACCAGUACACUACAGCUAGAAAAACUUUUAGGUGGCCUCUUAGAUCAUUUUAUGGUAUGUUAGAUCAAGCUAGUGUAAAUUCUUUUGUCCUUUACAAUCUAAAUCAAAGUAACACUCCAAUGAGAAGAAUGGAAUAUAUAAUGGAACUUUCUAUGCAACUUGUAAAACCUACGCUAAUUAAAAGAUUAGCUACUCCUACGUUGCGAUCAAAUCUGCGUAGUAUGAUUAAAGAUUUUUUGGAGGCGCGCGAUUUACCAGAGGAAAUGGACGUAAGAGAUGAGUUUGUUGAUAAUAAAAUGGCAAAACAAAAACGCUGUAAUUUGUGUCCCAGUUCUCUGGACCGUAAAACUUUUUACAAGUGCCUAAGAUGUAACAAGGCUAUGUGCAAAGAACAUAUAGCGAAAAUAUGCUGUGAAUGCGGAAACACCGUGUAAUUCUCUUUUUUUUUCAAUUUUAUACAAUAAAAAUUUUAUUUAAUAA